GACUGGAGGUGGCGGUCCCGCCUCUGCAGGUUACCGGGGGAAGCGGCUGCGACUCUCGCAGCUCCCGGGGGUCGCUCAGCCCCGGCCUGAGUCCCGACUUACUUCCUCGAUCCAGAUCUCGUGGCUCUCCCGGGACGUCAGCGGAUCUUCUCCCGGAUCCUUUUCCUCCAUAACCUGCUGGGGUUAUUUUUCUUCCUCCCCGGCUUCCAGCUCCCAGCCCCGCGUUUCCCUUCCCUGCUCCCGGGCCCCCAGUAGCCGGCCGUUCUCAGCAUCCCACCUGCCAUCGUCCUAUCCUCCUGGCUUCUGCCCCUUCUUGAUCUCAACUCCUUUGACCAACUGAGCCCUAUCAUAACCUUCUCGCCAAACUCUCCUAAACUCCUCUUUCUUCUCUCUUUGCCAGCUCCUGACUUCCAAAUUCCAGCUAUCCUUGCCCUGACAUUUGACCCUGACACUUGGCUCCAGAACGGUCCAUUCCUACCUCCUGCAGCCUGUUGAAACUGAGGUCUUUCCUGAUUUCUGACCUCGUUUCGGAAGCUCGUUUUGACUUUCUUACUCCUGGGCCAGUUCUUGCUACCACUGCCCCACCAUGGACUUCUUGAUGAGUGGCCUGGCAGCCUGCGGGGCCUGUUUGUUCACCAACCCCCUGGAGGUGGUGAAGACGAGGAUGCAGUUACAGGGAGAACUGCAGGCCCCCGGCUCCUACCAGCGGCACUACCGAAACGUCUUCCAUGCCUUCAUCACCAUCGGCAAGGUGGACGGCCUGGCUGCCCUGCAGAAGGGCCUGGCCCCUGCCCUCCUGUACCAGUUCCUGAUGAAUGGCAUCCGGCUGGGCACCUAUGGGCUGGCUGAGGCUAAGGGCUACCUGCACACAGCUGAAGGCACCCACAGUCCUCUCCGAAGCGCAGCAGCUGGGGCGUUGGCUGGGGUCCUGGGAGCCUACUUGGGGAGCCCUAUCUACAUGGUGAAGACACACCUACAAGCACAGGCAGCCUCAGAAAUUGCUGUCGGGCACCAGUAUAAGCAUCAGAUAUUUCCUCCCCAGAGCUGGAAGGUGGCUCUGGCAGCUGCCAUGGUGAGUGGCAUUGCGGUGGUCCUGGCCAUGACACCCUUUGAUGUGGUCAGCACAAGGCUCUACAACCAGCCCACAGACACUCAGGGCAAGGGCCUCAUGUACCGAGGCGUGCUGGACGCUCUGCUGCAGACGGCUCGGACAGAGGGCAUUUUUGGCAUGUACAAGGGUAUUGGAGCCUCCUACUUCCGCCUCGGCCCUCACACCAUCCUCUCCCUCUUCUUCUGGGACCAGCUUCGCUUCCUCUACUACACGUACACCAAAUAACAGCCACUCCCCCUCACUCCACCAAGUUGGCACUCCCUGGACACUUCUGCCUCCAUUACUAUGUCCUGGUGACUUCUUACCAGGCGACCUCUUAUCCAUCAGAGGGGGACAGCCAAUCCCACUCCCUAUCUUUUUCUCAGGGUUGAAUCACUACAAGAGAUAGUUUCCCUCCCUUCGUGGCUGUCACUUUAAACUUUCUCUACCUGUCCCCCUGUACACUUCACUCCAAAGUUUGUGUCCCCCCCUUUCUUCACUGCCAGCCUUGGGUCCCUUCUGAUCACACGUACAACUUUAAAAUCCCCCUCCAAGACCAAAGGGAAUUGGGGGGACCCAGGUGUCCUGUUAGAUUCAAAGGCACAGAGAUUAUAUUGGUUAUAAAGCAAGUUUAUUUCUGCA